AUGAAAGGUAAUAAAAAAAAUUUCAAGGUUUUCGAUUAUAAACUGCAACAAGAUGAUUAUGGUGGUAACAUAAAGUUAAAUGACCAUGAUGACAUUUUAAAUGCGCGCAGUGCAAGAGUGAACUUGGAUAACACUAAGCAAAAUGAUAGUAAUAUUUCAAAGCUAGAUAAAGGUCUUAGUGAGAAACUCGUAAAUGAUAGAGGAUUGUUGUCUGAGUUUGAUCGGAAAGAUGAAGAAAUUGUGCAGGAAGAGAGAUGUCUAAUAAUUAAGCUGCUUGAUGUUUUAAACAAUCUUGAUGAUCUUGUAAACAUUGAAAGCAAAGAUCUAUUAGAGGUUGAGAUUGCUCAUGCAAUUGAUAUAGUUGAUCAGUCAAAAAAGUGA